GUUCUGAUUUGGACUCAAGUUUGCUUCAUUUCAUCCACUAUUUCAGCCAUUCUAUAGCCAAGACUACCAUUUACAAAAUCUUCUUUAAUAUUUAUAUAUUUAAAUAUAUGCACGGUAGCAUCUAAGAUGAGUUUCUUUAAACAUGCUGCUGAAUUUGGAUUCAUUCCAGCACUUCUCAUACACUAACUAUGUACAGAGCAGAACUCUUCAGGGAAUCAAGGAAAAUUGCCAUUUAAAUAACAAAAAUCAUAUAUGUAUUUUCAAUCAGGCUAGUUUAAAAUAUCACUGUUGCUUCCAGGAGCUGUGUCAGAGAGCAGAGGCUGGCACCCAUUUCCACUUUUUCUUUGAAGUCUGAAAUGAGAUCUUGUUUUCUACAGAGUAUUCUAAUUUCUAUGUAGCUGUAUAAGAACAAGAGACCCUGAAAGCUUUUGACCGGGAAGUAAAUGCAUUUGUGGACUAUAUGUUUGGACCUCGAGAUGCCAGGGUUAGAGGAUGGUUCCUUUUGGACUCUUACCUUCCCACAUUUUUCCUUACCGGAGCAUAUCUACUCUGCAUAUGGCUGGGCAACAAGUUCAUGAAGAACAGACCUCCUUUCUCUCUCAGGCCUCACCUCAUCGUGUACAACCUGGGCAUCACACUGCUCUCCUUCUACAUGCUCAUAGAGCUCAUCCUUGCCACGUGGGAAGGCGGCUACAACUUGCAGUGCCAGAACCUCCACAGUGCAGGGGAGGCCGAUAUCCGGGUAGCCAAGGUGCUAUGGUGGUAUUAUUUUUCCAAAGUAAUUGAAUUCAUGGACACUAUCUUCUUUGUACUGAGAAAGAAAAGCAGCCAGAUCACCUUCCUUCAUGUGUAUCACCAUGCCACUAUGUUUAACAUUUGGUGGUGUGUUCUGAACUGGAUACCUUGUGGGCAGAGUUUCUUUGGACCCACUUUGAAUAGCUUUAUCCACGUGCUUAUGUAUUCUUACUAUGGACUGUCAGUCAUCCCUUCUAUGCGCAAAUAUCUCUGGUGGAAGAAAUACCUCACUCAGGCACAGCUGAUCCAGUUUCUGCUCACUAUUGUGCACACACUCAGUGCAGCUGUGAAGCCAUGUGGAUUCCCAUUUGGCUGCCUCAUGUUCCAGUCCUCCUACAUGGCCACACUGGUCAUCCUCUUCAUCAACUUCUACAUUAAGACGUACCGGAAAGCACCUUCAAGAACAGCUGUAAAGGAAACCCCUGUCACAACUGAAAUCAAGAAUGGUUUCCAUAAGGACUACUUUGCUGCUGCCAAUGGAUUGCAGAAUAAUAAGAAGGCACAAUAAGUAUAGUGUUUCCUAUGGUUUUUUUUUCUAAAGAGAAAAAGAAAAAAGACUGAAUUGCAAGCUUUAGCUUAAAACCUAUUUGAUUACAUUUAUCAGUUCUUUGUACCAGACACUUCUUAAUGUACUGCUAUUUAGGUUUUAACAAAACGAGUAGAAUUACUUGUCUUGUCAAAGAUCACCAUCAAAACAAAGAAAGCCAAGAUCUUUCUCAUAUGAAAAUGAAAACCUUUCUGAUCUCUAAUGCUGACACAAAAACGCCUUAUGAAACACUUGAUGGAUAAAGCCAUCAAUGCCUUCAAAAGGUUAGGACUCUGUUCAGACUAACACAGUGAGCACUUUCAGUGCAUGCAAGAGGUCUUGAGGCAAGGCUUCACAGUGCACCCAGUACAUCCAGCUAAACUGUGGCUAAGGCCAAGAAAAUAAAGGAGAGAGGGAAAGGUGACAGUCGUACAUUUUCCAUCACCAUACCCCUCUUUUCUUCUUCUCAGCAAUUCCCCAAAGCACACUCCCUUCCCCAUGGACACCAGCAAGGUACCCUUUGAUCCUGUGGCAGCCCUGGGGAAGGACAUGACAGAGGGCAGAGCCCAGGUGCACCAUCCCAUAGUUUGUAGGCAGCUGUGCACCAUGCUCACUUGCUUUACACAAGUACAACCUGAUUCAAAUGCCUAAAAGGGUGGCAGGAGUUUCUGUUUCAGGGGGCUGUGCUGAUAGCCCCUGGUACUGUCCAGAAUGGCAUUCUGAACACAGAGCAAAAGAAGUCACUUUGAGCUUACUAAUUAAUAGGAGUUCUAGGUAAAUGGAUUUUGAAAGAAAUAGGGUCUUAGCAACUUAAUGAAGAUAAAUCCGUUGAGUGUAAAUGUGUGUAAAGUUAAUCCUAUACAAACAUUGCUAACUCAAAGCAAACUGUCAUGCCACAUAUUAAUAGACUGGAAGAUGCAGAAAAUUUGAAAAGUGAGUUAAGCAAUGAGCAAAGCAGGUUAUACAGGCAUUUCUGUGGCAGGUGGACCUUACUCAGACUAGUCUCUGGCUAGAGAAACAGAUGGGACUGAGGCACAAUCCUCUGGAGGCAAAGCAAGGAGAUAUCUGUUGGCUGCAGGUAUAAAGUCUCUCUCUCAGUCCAUCACCGUUUUUGUUGCUUCAGUUCACUGCAUUUACUCCCACUUAAAUAGUUAGAAAUGAAGAAUACUUCCAGGGUUAACUGUAUGGGUCUGCCCUCACCCUUUUCUCAUUUAGCCCACUAAAUUUCCUCUACUAAAAAUAGACACAGACUUUUUUCCUCACAGUAAAGUAGGUCUGAUCUCUUCCAUUCUCACAUACAAAAUUCUCUCAACAAAAACAACUUCUGGAGUCACUCAGUCCAGCAAGCCCCUUGGACUGAAGCAGUUCUGUAAAGGAAACAUGUCCUCUCUCCUGUCACCUUGCAGAGUCCCAGGGCAGGAGGAAGACAAAACACAUGCCCAGCCAGCACAGAAGGCUCAUAUGUAGAGGAGACUGUCCCAAAUCCUGCUGUCCAAUUCUUCUCCACCUCUAGAAAGUCAAUUAUCCCCAUUUAGAUGAUCUGCCAGGAGAGCAGCAGUAUGGACACAGGGCAGCCAGCCUCACCUGGAGCAGCCUGAGAUACCAGAGUCAUGAGGAUUCAUGGAUAGGAAGGGAAGUGGCUGAGGAAGAGGUGCAGUAGGGGAAGAACAGAUGGGGUUGUCCAGCAAAAGUAAGAGGAGAAAAUGGCAUGAUGAAGGGUGUUCUGUGUCAAGAAUUCUGCUUGACAGUGUGUUUGAAAGUCCCAUUGGAUGCCAUCUGUCUCCAGACAGUUCCAGUUCCAUUGCAACAGGGACAAAACUUAUCUGCUCCAGCAGAAAACUGAAAUUCCCAAAAUGCUACAACAGAAGCAGUACCUCUUAGCAGGCUGACUGCUGAACUACAUCAUUGUGAACCGGGUAACCAAAAUAACUGCAACAUUCAAACACUUUCACACCACCACACCAGCCUAGAUCUAACUGGUGCAUAUUCAUAUUUGCUCCCCUCUUCAUGAUCUUGGUCACAAAACCUCACUUACUGAAAGUCAGUGUUUUGUUUUAUUUAACACUCAAAGGGAGAAAGCAGCAACCCAAAAGAAAAAAAAAACAAAAAAACAAAAAAUCCAAGAACCCUGCAUUCACAAAGCCUAGACACUGUAUGCAUAUACUAUUUCUCAUUGGUUCUUCCAGAACCUUUACAGGUACUUCUGAUUGAUACUAAAAAACCCAAGAUGUAAGAAAUUAGUUUACAUUAGGGCUUGACUGAGGAUAUUUUACAUACCCCUAAGUAAAGGGAGAGCUUCAGAGCUCUCUAGAAAUCAGCUUGAUACUGGAAGCCAAGGUAAAGGCAGAGGAAUUAGAAAAAGCUGAUAAGACAGUGAACAAAGCAAUGAGCUGGACCAUUCAUCUAAGGCAGACAACAAAAGGGUUGUGUGUCCCAGCAUGGAUUUUAGGCCGAGUGGAGUCCGUAAUCUUUUGAUGGCCAAGCAUGCAUUUGACUAUCAAGGUGGAAAGCGUCAGCUGUGCUGUGUUAAAGUUUACUACAGCAAUCAAACCCACAGAUAUUGUCUUUUGUUUUGUUGAAACCUCGUUCAAAAUAAAAGGAAAUAAAUAAAUGCCUUACUUGAAAUUCAAAGGGCUGGGGAAAAAAAAAAAAAAAAAAAAAAAAAAAAAAAAAAAGGAAAAAGGAAAAAGAAACAGAUGGUGUCAGACCUUGCAGAUCCAGAUCAGCCAGGAAGGCUGGAAUCAGGUAUGUUUAAAAUUCUUCAGAUAUGUCUUAACAUCUUCAAAAUGCUGCAACUUUGAAGAAAGAGAAGCAUUGACUUUUUAAACUGAUUUUCCUGUACUACAUAACACUGUAAAUAAACAAAUUUUACUAUCA